UCUCCGUGUCGACAUUACCUUUGCUCCAGCCACCGUCUGUCAAAAUGGCGGAGCAUUUAUCGAGUAAGUGCCAAAUUCUUCUAUCAAACUGGGCUUCACUUCUGACUCACAUCCCCAAGCCGUGAUCCGAGCAAAGUCGGCCGAGAUGCCUGGUCCAUCUUUGAAAAAUGACUCGAUCAAUAUCAUCACUCACGAUAUGAAGACCCUGGUGAAGAAGAUCCAAGAUCUGCGGCACCUCGGUAUUGAAGACAGCCAGAUCGCCCUCCCCAGAAUCUGCGUUAUAGGCGAUCAAAGUGCGGGCAAGAGCUCUCUUAUCGAGGGUAUGAGUGAAAUCAAAGUCCCACGUGCAGCAGGAACCUGUACUCGGUGCCCGAUGGAGAUUAAUCUCACUGAAAGUGAUCCGGAUCAGCCUUGGACGUGCCGUGUAUACUUGUCGCGGAAAUACUUUUAUGACACGAGUCAAAGAGUCGAUAAAGUGUCUAAGAAGUCACAUCCUUUCGGCCCUUGGCAUGUUCAGGAUCAAGAGGACGAGCUGUUCAUUACCUUGAGCGAUAGAGAUGAUGUCGAAGAGGCGAUCCGAUGGGCACAACUGGCUAUUCUGAACCCAGGAAGACCGACAGCUGUGUACAUUCCCGGGCAGAACUUUGAUACGGAUGAGAACUAUUGCCAGGUUAAAUUCUCUCCGAAUGUGGUACGACUUGAUAUUUCCGCUCCUGGCUUCCCAAGUCUCUCAUUCUACGAUUUACCUGGUGUUAUUAGCCAGGCCGAGCACGAAAAGGACAGAUAUCUGGUUGCCAUGGUCGAGAAUCUUGUCAAAGAGUACAUUACUCAGGCAAAUUGCAUUGUGCUAUUGACCUUGCCGAUGACAAAUGAUGCGACUAACUCGAGUGCUGCUCGCCUCAUGAGGGAGGUGAAAAGUGCAAAAGCAAGAACUUUGGGGGUCCUCACAAAGCCCGACCGCAUCCAGACCGGGGAGUCUUAUGUUCAAUGGGUUGAGAUUCUAGAAGGAGAGAAAUUCAGGCUUGGACAUGGGUACUACGUGAUCCGCAACAAUCCAGAUCCCACGGUCCAGCAUGCUCAAGCGCGUCUCGAAGAGAACGCGUUCUUUGCUUCAGAGCCGUGGGCAACUGAACUGGCCGCCUAUCAAGAGAAGUUUGGAACCAGAAAGCUGCAGACAGCGCUCUCAAGCCUCCUGUUGGACAAAAUCCAAAGUUGUCUUCCCAAGGUCAUCGAGCAGAUUGAAGCUAAAUCUCAACGUAUCGAUGCCGAGCUCCAAACCUUGCCGGAUCCUCCUUCGGCGAGCAGUCCAUUCAUUCUGUGUCAGAUGCUAAACAAUUUCAGGGAGCACGUGCAGGCACAUAUGGACGGCGGCUCGGCUGACUAUCCGCUGCUGAAGAUGUGGUUCCAUCUAGCAACCGACUUCAAACGGGUGCUGAUACACACUCGGCCAACUGUCGGUAUACUUUCUCAAGCCGAGGAUCGUGAGAAAGCGAUGAAGAAUCAGAAGGAUGACGACUCAGAUAGCGAAGUCACAAUAGUCCACCCCCCAACUCCAGCGAAGCGCAAGGCCCUCACUCACGGCGAUACGCCAGACGCGAAGAGGAGAUUUACACCGGACUUAGGCAGAAUCAGCUCGACCUCACCUUUCGAUAAGGUCAGCCGCGAGAUCAAGAAAUUUACCUGGGAAGAUAUCCGUGAAUGCAAUGAAACUGCCUCACGAGGGUGCCUUCCAGACCAAAUCGAUCCAAAGGCAAUUGAAAUACUGAAUCAGCGGAGUGUGGAACACUGGAAAGUGCCAUUGAUGAUUUUCCUGGAUGAAAGCCAUGAUCUAGUGAAGAAAAUACUGCUCGAGCAAAUAGAUGAGGUCUUUGUGCAGUAUCAGCGGACUAACCUCUAUCGCGAGAUCCGCCGAAUUGUGGAGCAGUACUUACAAAAGCUUCACCAGCAGCACAUCGACUGGGCAGAAGAAGUAUACGAGAUGGAACAUAACAAGCCUUUUACGAUGAAUAGAAUCGCGCUAGAGCAGGCCAAGAACCAUGGGUUUAGUGUUCUCGUACGCGCUCGGAAUAGCGGUCGCUAUGGUAUGUACCAAGACCGGAUUGGCAGGUACCCCGAGGGGGAUAUUCGCCGUGAUAACGAACUGAAGAGCAUGAUCGAGAAGCCACAGGAGUUGGAGGAAAUACUUGGUCCGGAUCAGUACCUCCCGGAAAUGAGGAUCAUGGCGUAUGCGCGAGGUUACUAUGAUGUUGCGAGCUCCCGCUUUGUCGACUUGAUCUGCCAGAGCACCCAUACAAAGCUCUUCUCCAAGUGCCGCAGUCAAUUAAUUGAAGAGGUUCAACGCGAGCUACAUAUCAACGAUCAUGACAGUAAGUGUUUGGUUAUAGUUUCGAACAGGGCAUCUGUUGACAUUCUAUACCUAGUGGUUGAGAGAUGCUGCGAGCUCAUGGCAGAGGAGCCAGAGCGCCAACAUCGCCGACUGGUUCUCCAACGCGAGAAAGAGAAGAUUGUCAAGGCGCAGACAUGGCUGUCGGCUGCCAAGAAGGACGAGCCCGAGGACGUGUAUGACAAUAUGACGGUCAAAUCCCAGCCCCAGGAUGAUUGGGCGCCUUUUGCUUCGAGUAUGGAUACAUCUGUGUGAGAGUGUAUAUGCAGAUGAGUGGAUUGGAACUUUUGCUUAGAGCCAGAGACGAGAGAGUUGGGGUGUGAUGAAGGGUGAAAGGCGGGGUACGGCGAGAGUGAGCGAUAGAUCCAAACCCCAUCCGCGUGCCCUAAGCCCUAAGCCCUGCCUGCUAGUGAUAAGCAUCGAGGGCCUUGGGUUCAAUGGAUUGUACUGUACACUACUAGUUUGCAGAUCGAAGAUCUCAGGUCAUCAAAAUGCUAACUAUUUAAGAUUG